UACUUUGGAUAUCAUUCUCAGAGCACUUUUUACGUCUUACCGACUUUUAAAAGAAUAAAAUUUUUCACAAAAUUAGCCGACACUUGCGGUUGAAAUUAAAGAAAAUGGGUCUGAAACGCUUUGUAUCCUCUAUGCUGCGCAAGUCCCCGAUCUGUGCCUCGGAGCCCGGAAAGUUGGCUGCCGGAUGCCCAUCCCUGUUCGCCGAGGACGGGAUGUGGAACGCCAAGUUCCAUCCAAAGAGGAUUGUUCGCGAGGAGAGGACCCACGGACACGUGAGGAAGCAACAGCCCAGCCGCAAGGAUGCCGAACUACCGCCCACUUUUAGGCUCCCCCGCAAACGUUCUUGGCUGCUGAGGCGCAUGGUUCCCUCGUAGACCCGACCACGAGGUCAAAUCUCAAGAAACGCUAAAUCUGUAAUGCCAAUUUUGGUCCAGAGAACAUCUCAGUUGUGCAGCACUCACCCACCAGUGUGCCCAGUAAAUAAUAUAUUAUUUGAUCUUUUUUGA